UUCUGCAGCUAAUCGUUCCAUCACUAUAUCUUGCCGCGCCUUUUACAUAUCUCUGGUAUUCUGGUAGAUUUAAGUACUUCAACCAGAAAUUCACAAAUCUCUCAUUUAUUUUUAUAUCAACCCAUGGAUUAUUCGGAUCACUUUUCAUGCUGUAUAUCCAGGAAACGAGGAUUGUUAUUUGCAACAAAAAAAAACAAUUAAUCAUAAGAGCAGGUGGAACUGAUGAAAUCGUUAUAUUUUCUUAACUCCCGUUCAUUAUGAACACUCAAUAACCAUAAGAAUUCCUUUAAUCAAUUUAUUCAUGUUUAUUCUACAAACAUUUAAUUCGUGCUCUUCUGACUAUCAGUCGACCUAUCUAGAUUCUCACGAGUUCCUUCUACUAUCUCUUCAUAUUGUCGCAAUAUUCUCAUUUCCCUUAUGUAUAUUCUCCGGUUGGGUUAUAGUUUUCAAAACUCCCCCAUCGAUGAGCUCUGUAAAGUUCAGCCUUUUGACUUUUCAUUUUUGGACCUGUUUUGUGGAUAUUGUAUUCAGUAUCCUGGUGUGUCCAUUUCUAGUUGCACCACUUUAUGCUGGAUGUACAUUGGGUCUGCUGCAAUAUUUUGAGAUAAAUACAGAGUAUCAAGUUAUGUUUAUAAUGGCAACAGUGGAAGCAAUGUGCGUCUCGAUACUUUGCCUCUAUGAAAAUCGUUUUUUCAUAUUAUCCCGUAACCUGUACUGGUGGAAAUAUGCUCGAAUUCCGUGGUAUACAAUGAACUACACAAUUGCCGUGCUCAUGUUCUUGCCAGUUUUUUAUCAGAUUCCAGAUCAAACUCAUGCCAGAGAAUUUAUUUUAGAGCACCUACCAUGUCUCUCCUCUGAAAUCUUAUCUCUACCGUUAUUUGUUGUCGCUGAGAAUGCUGGCUUAAUGCUUAUCACUUCCAUGAUGGAACUUGGGUUUUUAUGUGCUCAGGGAGCAUUUCUAAUGUUUUUGUUAAACCGAUCCAUAAAAAAAUUCGGAAAUCAUUUGUCCCAGCGAACACUGGAAAUGCAGAACAGAUUUAUGAAAGCCAUCAUCUUACAAUUGCUUAUUCCAUCGUUCUGCUUGAACACCCCUUUUUUCUACAUUGGAUUUUCUGGAGCCUUUGGUUACUUCAACCAAAAGCUUACAAACGUAUCAUUCAUACUGAUUGCAACACAUGGAUUUUUCUCGUCACUUUUCAUGCUUUUUGUACAUGCUUCUUAUCGAGAAGCGGUUCUAGAGUGUUUCGUAAAAAUUGGGAGAAUACUUGGAUUCAAUAUCAUCACUGUGUAUCCAGAAAGAAAAUCCACAAUUUAUCCGACAAGACAUCCUAUGCUUCUUUGAUUUUUAUUCCAAAAUAAACAUAAUUUUUUU